AUGAAUCGAGAGCUGCCUAGAGAACAAACCGAAUAUCUUAGAAUUAUUACAAAUCGAAUUCGUUCACUCAUUGCUGAAUUAUUUAAACUAUUUUCUUCUGAAGGAAGAAUCGAUUUGGCGGUAGUUACUCAUGAAUUUCAAAGAAUGGACAUGAAAGUUCUUGAUCUGAUAACUGGAAUCAACCAUAUGAAUCCAUACCAGCCAUUUGUGUUCUUUCGCCAAGCUCCACUUCCCAGACAAUCUGAUCUUGCAGCUAUUGCAGAAUCUACAGAAGAUGAAGAUUCUAUGCCCAUUGGAUUUGAGGGGUCAUAUGAAGAGGUUUCAGAUGAAACUCCGGAUGACUCUUUUGGUCGUUUAAUUAUUCCACAUUAA